AUGUCGCGCCCGGGCUUACAGCACCGACCGUCGAGUAUCGCGGCGGCGAACAAGACCAUCAUCCUGGUGACUGGCGGCAACGCGGGCAUCGGCUAUGAGAUCGUCAAGAGCCUCUCUCAGUCCAGCCCCAGUAACAACUACCAAAUUCUGCUCGGAUGCCGCGACGUGCACAAAGGCGAAGAUGCAGCGUCGUCACUCGGUGCACCCAUCAACGUCAACCCGAUCCAACUGGACAUCGAAGACGACAGGUCCAUCCAACACGCCUUUCUCACUAUCCAGCAGAUCUUCGGUAAACUCGACGUGCUCAUCAACAACGCCGGCUCCGCUGCCCAGCACCUACCCAAGGAAUCCACUACGCUACGCCAGAAAUUCGACCACACGUUCUCUGUCAAUGUCACGUCGCAGGCAGUUCUGACGGAAAGGUUUGCACCGCUGCUCGAGAAGGCGAAGCUGCCAAAAGUCAUUUUCUUGUCUUCGACUUUGGGCAGUAUCGAGACACAGUUGCAGCGUGAGAGGGUGUACCCCGGAAUCUGGUACAGUUCGAGCAAGAGUGCGUUGAACGCGUUAGCUGUGUGGUUCGCGAAGACGAAUCCGAGGUGGAAGGUCAAUGCCGUGUGUCCUGGGAUGAGAGCAACGGCCAUCAAUGGAGUCGAGUUGACUGAGGAGACGGAUCCGAAGCUCGGCGCGGUCAGAGUCGUCGAGUUGGUCGCCGGUGGCCCGGAUGGUGUUUCUGGCACGUACUCCAACAAAGAUCGAAUAAUCCCGUGGUAG